GCCAGCUGCGUCUCAACCAAAAAUAGGCAGAAAAAAAGCUACUAGAACCCCUGCAUCAGCACCGGUCAGGAAACUACCGUAGAUAAUACCGUGGCUGGUCAAUGAAUGGCAUGGUUGAACAACUGAACCGGUGAACCACGGUGUAAUUGGAUUACUGUGCUGACGACGCUCCCAGUCUAUUGCCUGCAAACUGCUGGUACGAUUCAGCUCAGCAUCAUUCUUUAGAAGCAGAACAUCUUUGUUGAAGCUAGGUGGCUAACAUUAGCUAUCCAGCUAGCUAAAACCCCCGUAAAAAGUGCAUUAGUUAUAGCAGCUAGCUAGUUAGCAUAGUACAUGUUCUGUCCUGCAGUGUACAGUAGGCAGCAUCUCAUAUUACUUGCGCUGAUCUGAUGGGAUUGAGGGUUAUCGGAUGUGACUGCGAACGGGACCUCGGCUAACGUUAACUAGCUAGAAUGAUGAUGAUCCUCUGGACCACAGCCUAGAUGGCUCAGUCAGGACAACAACGAUCCAACUGGAUUUGGCAAUACAUAGCUAUGAUUAGAGAUAGAGUAGUCCAAGCCAUGUCGUGGUUGUGGCCCCUGCUCCCUGCCCUGGUACUCUUUUCUGUGUUGUCUGUGGUUCGAGUACAGACUGCACCAUGCCAGACCUGCCGCAAGCUCACUGACAGCUUCAUCAAGGGACUGGAUAAAACAUCCAAUAAGAAUUUUGGGGGUGGCAACACUGCUUGGGAGGAGGAAAAUCUGGCUAAAUAUGCUCGCAGUGAAACCAGGUUGCUGGAGAUAGUGGAGGCAGCGUGUGAGAAAUCAGACUUAGACUGUAACAAACUGCUGGAGCAGAUAGAGGACCAAGUGGAGACAUGGUGGUUCCACCGGCAGCAAGAGGCUCCAGACCUAUUUGAGUGGUUGUGUAUAGAAGAGCUCCCGCUCUGCUGUCCCCCGGGACAUUUUGGACCAGACUGCAAAGAGUGUCUGUCUGGUCCUGGAGGGGUGUGUGGUGGUCUGGGCCGCUGUGAAGGAGAGGGCACGCGUCUGGGAGAUGGAGAAUGCGUGUGUGACCCGGGGUACUUCGGUCAGCUGUGUCAGAGCUGUGCAGAUGGCUAUUACAGAGAGAAGAGCUCCAAUCACAGCACACCAGCCUGCGCAGCAUGCUACCACUCUUGUAAAAAGUGCUCAGGGCCAGAGAACUACAAAUGUCUGGAAUGCAAACCUGGGUGGCUCUUCCAUGACAACAAGUGUGUUGACACUGAUGAGUGUGGCACAGAGCUGGCUCGAUGUUCCUCCAACACCUAUUGCCACAACACAGAUGGAUCGUACGAGUGCAGAGGCUGUGACCAGGCAUGUGUGGGCUGUAUGGGCAGUGGUCCAGCCCGCUGUAAGAAAUGUGCUCGGGGAUACAAGCUCAGAGGAGCCAAAUGUCUCGAUGUGGAUGAAUGUAGUGAGAGGGCGAUAGCAUGUCCAGGGCUGAAUGAGGCGUGUUUCAAUGACGAGGGGUUCUUCCGCUGUGAAUGUGCUGACGGCUUCAUUCGUAGAGACAGCAUCUGUGUGGAGAACCAUCCGCUGAGUGGUCCAGAGAAGGGUCUGUUUGAUGACAUGACUGAUGACGAGGUCCUGGUCCUGCAGCAGAUGUUCUUUGGCGUGGUCAUCUGUGCCCUAGCAACGCUCGCCGCCAAGGGCGACAUGGUCUUUACCGCCAUCUUCAUCGGGGGCGUGGCCGCCAUGGCUGGAUACUGGCUGUCAGAGAAGGGCGACCGCAUGCUGGACGGCUUCCUAAAGGGACGCUAGCCUACCAGGAGCUAGGGAUACAGGACAGAGGAAGGAACUCUUGAAUGCAAACCAAUGAGGGCGACAAAGACUGAGGGGUGACGGCUACAGGAAUGCUAGCCAAUCAGGGAUGUACUAUACUACUUUGGGGGUGUUGGCUUGGGAUGAUUGUGGGUCUUCUGGAUUGUGAACCUUUGAGAUAAGAGACCUUGGAGCUUAGUGAAAUUAGAGAGCUCAAUGGAGGAAUGAAUAUAGAAGACCGGGUACUACUUGAUCCAAGAACACUGAAAAGACACUGGACUGUCUUUCUGCACUGAUAUGGGAGACCAAAACCCAAGCCUCUUGCCUCAACUCAUGGAAUCCCAAAAAAACAUUUCCACUGAAUUUCAGCCGUGACCCAAAAGGACCAGCUGACAUUAUUGUCUCGUUAACACAGGUGUGAGUGUUGACGAGGACAAGGCUGGAGAUCACUCUGUCAUGAUGAAAAGGGAGGGAGUGCAGGUCGGAUAAGACCACUACUGAUUGUUACCAAGUUAUUAUGCAUUUGUAUCUUCUACUGAGCAAAAUAUUGCUCCAAAAUGAUGUCUGUCCAUUUCCACACAUCCCAACCCAAACUUCUUAGCUACCCCUCUUACCUCAUCAGUAUUCUACUGUUCAUCAUUUCACCUUAUACUGAGGAACAGCGGUGUUUCCCUGGUAAUGGAAGGUGAUAUGGGAUGGUCAGUGGGGUGUUGAAGCACUAAAGACUGCUGCUAUAGUGGACAUGGGAAAUGUGUAGGAAAGGACAGAUACUUCCUGUUGCACCAGUGAAAUUAUGUCCAAUGUUAUAACACUAUUUAUUAUCGCGUCCCUAUUAUGACUGUGUUUUUGCACAAACGUAUUCUUACUGUAUGAAUGCAUGAGAAAGGCGAUACUGUAUGUAUUUAUUAUCCUGAUAGGCAUGAAAGACUGAACUUUAUAGAGCUGCUUGUUUCCCCCUUAAACUGUUUAACCAGGAUACAAGGAUCAUCACUUCUGUGUCACCACCCCAAACCCUAGUGCCUGAGCAGUGUGCAUGAGAAAGCAAGAGAGUAAAAGGCAGCAGUCCUAGUGAAGAUGUCACCCAUUGUAUUGUUUUGCAAUAAUUCAUUUCUGAACAUCAUUUUUUUGCAAAAACCUUAAAGAUUUUUAUUCUGUAUCUGUUUGAUAUGUGUGUGAUCAGCACCAAAAUGGGGUACUGUACAGUCGUGGCCAAAAGUUGAGAAUGACACACAUAUUAAUUUUCACAAAGUCUGCGGCUUCAGUUUGUAUGAUGGCACUUUGCAUAUACUCCAGAAUGUUAUGAAGAGUGAUCAGAUGAAUUGUAAUUCAUUGCAAAGUCCCUCUUUGCCAUGCAAAUUAACUGAAUCCCCAAAAAACAUUAACUGAAUUUCAGCCGUGACCCAAAAGGACCAGCUGACAUGAUUCUCUCGUUAACACAGGUGUGAGUGUUGACGAGGACAAGGCUUUGCACAAAACGGGAUUCACGGGCAAGGAUAUUGCUGCCAGUAAGAUUGCACCUAAAUCAACCAUUUAUCAGAUCAUCAAGAACUUCCAAGGAGAGCGGUUCAGUUGUUGUGAAGAAGGCUUCAGGGCGCUCAAGAAAG